ACUGAGUACCCCAUGUGACUUCGGGGGCCCUGGGCUGAGUCGACCCCGCCUCUCCGCCCGCCGAGGAGGGGGCGCAUGCGCAACCCGUGUUAGUGAUGGAGGAGAGAAGAUGGCGGAAGCGGAGCCUCUUGUCCACCAGAGCUGCUGGCUGUAUUUUGCAGAUUUAAGGACCACAGUACAACUAUGGAUAGUGAAGCAAACCCUGGAACAUCUUCUGUGUCAACAACAACCAGUAGCACUACUACCACAACCAUCACUACAUCGUCUUCUCGAAUGCAGCAGCCACAGAUAUCUGUCUACAGUGGCUCAGACCGACAUGCUGUACAGGUAAUUCAACAGGCAUUGCAUCGCCCCCCCAGCUCAGCUGCUCAGUACCUUCAGCAGAUGUAUGCAGCCCAACAGCAGCACUUGAUGUUGCACACCGCAGCUCUUCAGCAGCAGCAUUUAAGCAGCUCCCAGCUUCAGAGCCUUGCAGCUGUUCAGGCAAGUUUGUCCAGUGGAAGACCAUCUACUUCCCCCACAGGAAGUGUCACACAACAGUCAAGUAUGUCCCAGACAUCUAUCAACCUCUCCACUUCUCCUACACCUGCACAGUUAAUAAGCCGUUCCCAGGCUUCCAGUUCUACCAGCGGCAGUAUUACCCAACAGACUAUGUUACUAGGGAGUACCUCCCCCACCCUCACGGCAAGCCAAGCUCAAAUGUACCUCCGAGCUCAAAUGCUGAUUUUCACACCCGCUACCACUGUGGCUGCUGUACAGUCUGACAUUCCUGUUGUCUCGUCGUCGUCAUCUCCCUGUCAGUCUGCAGCUACUCAGGUUCAGAAUUUAACAUUACGCAGCCAGAAGUUGGGUGUAUUAUCUAGCUCACAGAAUGGUCCACCGAAAAGCAUUGGCCAAACUCAGUCAUUGACAAUUUGUCAUAACAAAACAACCGUGACCAGUUCUAAAAUCAGCCAACGAGAUCCUUCUCCAGAAAGUAAUAAGAAAGGAGAAAGUUCAAGUCUGGAGUCACGAAGCACAGCUGUCACCCGAACAUCAAGUAUUCACCAAUUAAUAGCACCAGCUUCAUAUUCUCCAAUUCAACCUCAUUCUCUAAUAAAACAUCAACAAAUUCCUCUUCAUUCACCACCUCCCAAGGUUUCCCACCAUCAGCUGAUAUUACAGCAGCAGCAACAGCAGAUUCAGCCAAUCACACUUCAAAAUCCAACUCAAGACCCACCCCCAUCCCAACACUGUAUACCACUCCAAAACCAUGGCCUUCCUCAGGCUCCUAGUAAUGCCCAGUCACAACAUUGUUCGCCGAUUCAGAGUCAUCCUCCUCCUCUAACAGUGUCUCCUAGUCAGUCACAGUCAGCACAGCAAUCUGUAGUAGUGUCUCCUCCACCACCUCACUCACCGAGUCAGUCUCCUACUAUAAUUAUUCAUCCACAAGCACUUAUUCAGCCACACCCUCUUGUGUCAUCAGCUCUCCAGCCAGGCCCAAACUUGCAGCAGUCCACUGCUAAUCAGGUACAAGCUACAGCACAGCUGAACCUUCCAUCCCAUCUUCCACUUCCGGCUUCCCCUGUUGUGCACAUUGGCCCAGUUCAGCAGUCCGCCUUGGUGUCCCCAGGUCAGCAGAUUGUAUCUCCAGCAUCACACCAGCAAUAUUCAACCCUGCAGUCCUCUCCAAUCCCAAUCGCAACCUCUCCACAGAUGUCGACAUCUCCUCCAGCUCAGAUUCCACCACUGCCCUUGCAGUCUAUGCAGUCUUUACAAGUGCAGCCUGAAAUUCUGUCCCAGGGCCAGGUUUUGGUGCAGAAUGCCUUGGUGUCAGAAGAGGAACUUCCAGCUGCAGAAGCUUUGGUCCAGUUGCCAUUUCAGACUCUUCCUCCUCCACAGACUGUUGCGGUAAACCUACAAGUACAACCACCAGCACCUGUUGAUCCACCAGUGGGAAUGCAUUUGAACCAGUGUCAUCUGCACAAAGUUUUUUCUCUUAAGGUUUAUCAAGUAGAAGAUGUGUGUGAAGAAGAAAUGCCAGAAGAGGCAGAUGAAUGUGUCCGGAUGGACAGAACCCCACCACCACCCACUUUGUCUCCAGCAGCUAUCACUGUGGGGAGAGAGGAUUUGACUUCUGAACAUCCUUUGUUGGAACAAGUGGAAUUGCCUGCUGUGGCAUCAGUCAGUGCUUCAGUAAUUAAAUCUCCAUCAGAUCCUUCACAUGCUUCUGUUCCUCCACCUCCACUUUUACUUCCAGCUGCAGCUACAAGGAAUAGUAGUACAUCUGUGCCCAGUAGCAUUCACAAUAUAGAAAACAGACCUCCACAGGCUAUUGUUAAACCACAGAUCUUGACCCAUGUUAUUGAAGGCUUUGUGAUUCAGGAGGGAUUGGAGCCAUUUCCUGUGAGUCGUUCAUCUUUGCUAAUAGAGCAGCCCAUGAAAAAAAGGCCUCUUUUGGAUAAUCAGGUGAUAAGUUCUGUGUGUGUUCAGCCCGAACUGCACAACAAUACAAAGCACGUGGAUAAUUCAUCUGACACGGAGAUGGAAGACAUGAUUGCUGAAGAGACAUUAGAAGAAAUGGACAGUGAGUUGCUCAAGUGUGAAUUCUGUGGGAAGAUGGGAUAUGCUAAUGAAUUUCUGCGGUCAAAACGAUUCUGCACUAUGUCUUGUGCCAAAAGGUACAAUGUUAGCUGUUCUAAAAAAUUUGCACUUAGUCGUUGGAAUCGUAAGCCUGAUAAUCAAAGUCUUGGGCAUCGUGGCCGUCGUCCAAGUGGCCCUGAUGGGGCAGCAAGAGAACAUAUCCUUAGGCAGCUUCCAAUUACUUAUCCAUCUGCAGAAGAAGACUUGGCUUCUCAUGAAGAUUCUGUGCCAUCUGCUAUGACAACUCGUUUGCGCAGGCAGAGUGAGCGAGAAAGAGAACGUGAGCUCCGAGAUGGGAGAAUUAGGAAAAUGCCUGAGAACAAUGACUUGCUGCCAGUUGCACAAACAGAGCCAUCAGUAUGGACUGUUGACGAUGUCUGGGCCUUCAUCCAUUCUCUGCCUGGCUGCCAGGAUAUCGCAGAUGAGUUCAGAGCACAAGAGAUUGAUGGACAGGCCCUUCUUCUGCUGAAGGAAGACCACCUCAUGAGUGCCAUGAAUAUCAAGCUAGGCCCAGCCCUGAAGAUCUGUGCACGCAUCAACUCUCUGAAGGAAUCUUAACAGGAACGUGAGGCUUUGCGAUAACAGCAGUUUUACUCUUCUCAAACAGACUUGUAAGGUAAAGGCCCAAGUCGGCCUGGAAUAUUAACACUCGUUGUGGUGGAUAGCCAAGCACAUUGGGAUCUCCGCAUCAAAUAAAUGUUGGCAUUUCUUCUACAGAUGAAAUAAUUCAUCAUACAUUUUAAUAAUUAGCCAACAUUGGUGAAAUUAAUUUUACAGGUUACAUGCAUCAGUGAAAGACUUGUUAUAGAAGGUCAUAAUAUUUUUCAAACAGACACAUUGUACUAGAUAAUUUUUUUAAGGGUGAUGUUUGCAUUAAUAUAAAGAAUCAUUUUAAAAGUUAUUUAAUGAUUUACAUUUCUCCUCCUUUGAUUUGUUUUUCUUACACGUUUUUGUACCCUGUUAGUUUUUUAAAGGUUGUCAUAAGAGCUAUGUUAUGGAAUAAUUUAGGAGUCCAGUGACUAGCGUUGUAUGCAAUGAAAUAUCUAUGUGCAUUUUAACAAAACGAGUCCUUUAGACAAAUGCUGUGCCUAUAAAAAGGACUGCAUUCUAGCAUGAACAGUGGUGAUCCGGAAGUCGGAUGAGUUGGUUUCUAUCCUGAACUUGACCAAGAGUUUGGCUUGACUGAGAAAGUUAGUGUUCUCUCAUUUUUUUGUGCAUGUAGAGCAGUGGUUCUCAACGGGAGGGAAAUUUUGCUCCCCAGGGGACAUUUGGCAAUGUCUAGAGACAUUUUGGUUGUCAUAGCUGAGGAUGGGGGCAGGGAGGAGUUGCUACUGACAUCUAAUGGGUAAAAGCCAGGGAUGUUGUUGCUAAACAUCCUCCAAUGCACAGGAUAGCCCUCUACAACAAAGAGUAUCUGGUCUCAAAUGUCAGUAGUUCUGAGGUUGAGAAACCUUGAAGUGGAAUGAGGAGUGUUAAUUAUUGCUCUUUUUCACCCAAAGGGAUAUUUUGUAAUGAUAGAAUAUAAUAAGAAAUACAUAUACAAUGGGAGUAUUAUUCAGAUAACGUCAGUGGUGUGCUAAACUUUUUUUCCUCCAGUUUUAGGCAUACUAGAAAAAGAGGGGACAAUCUCCAUUAUGAAUUGGCCUAUAAAAUAAGGACUAGCUUCCAAAUAAGUUGACUCUGAGAAAGUACUGAUUGACAUUAAUUAUCUUUCAUAUCUCUGUGCUCCUCUGCACUGAAGGGAUAAUAUGAUUAUAUCUUAUGAACCAGUGCACAGCCUUUGCUGGCAAGGAAAUAGUCUGCAGAGGAUAUGUGGUUGUUCUUUGGAUUUUUUCUAAUGUUGAACAUGCUGGGUCUAGCUAGAAUGCACAUUCCUUUUUCCUUUACUAAACCCUUGCAUGCUUCCUGCAAAGCACUUACCAAGUGGUAUCUCUCAGAUCUAAUUUUGUAUGUACAUUUUUAAGGAAGACAUUUUAAAGCAAAAUCUUUCACUGAGCAAAGUUAUAUUCUAUAGAAUUACAACACUUAAAACCGUUCGUGGGAGCCUGGAGAGCUUUACAUUGAAAAUUUUAUUUGAGAAGAUUAUGCAGGUUUUGUUUUAAUCUUUUCAUAUAUCUUUACCACAUAACUGAGAUAUUUUAAUAAUCGAGGGAACAUACAGAUACUUGGCGGAAAUGCAGUAAGUGGAGAAAGAAUCCGUGAGUUUCAGUCAUCUCCACUGCUCUUUUCAGAAAGAUUGUGUUGAGCUAGAAGAAGACUAAAGAUGUCAGUACAGACGUCACAGAUUUUUAUCUUUUGGCUUUGUGUACAUUAGAGAAUGUUGAUUAUUUUUAUACAGAAAUACGGCAGGUAAUUUUUUUAAUCUUUCAGAUGCCUCUUGUUUGAAUGUAUGCUUUGUGAGAUUCUUUUGUGUAGUAAUGGUUUUUUUAAAAAAAAAAAAAGUUUACUGAUAGUGUAG